UGAACAGAAAUGAAAGAAUCAUGAGUUGCUCUGGCUUUAUGUUUGGAGGAAGCACUGCUUUUGGGAUGCAGGGGAUAGUGAUGGAACAGCUCUAGACUUUCUCCUUUAGCACAGACUUGACAGCAGUCCUGUAACGAGAAGAAGCAGUCCCACAGAGAGGUUUCUUCAGUGUUUACAUAUGCAAUGGAGCUUAAGUGAGUCAUGUAUUUAUAUAUGUGUUUAUAUUUGUACAAUCAGAAGACAAAACACAUGGGACUUUCUACUGGAGGUUAGUGUGCUCCCCCUGAUGUUUUCUGGCCAGCAGGACUUUUAAAAAGAGCAGAAAUUGAAAGGCCAAUGAAAAAGUGUGGUUAAUUAAAUGUGAAAGGUGCUGUCCUUGUUUGGACUGUCUGUUAAUGGUAUGACAAGCCCUGGUAAAGAGCUUAGCUGGCCAGAUUAAAAUUAAAAAAUUGUGUCAGUCCAUCUGCUAGCUCCAAGGAGUCUACUUCAAUCACCUUUUCUUGUUUCUUCACUAAAGCAGAAUACUGCCUUUGAAAAGAGCAGAGCCAGGAUGUAUUGGUUGACUUUUUUUACCUAAUGCUUUCUCCAAAGAUAAUGAUAUGUGACGUCAAGACUUUUUCAAGAAGCGCAAUGCUCUUGGUUGGUUCAAAGCUACGGUCAAGACAACAGCUCUUUUGCUAAAAGGGAUUUGGAUUAUUUUGUUUAUAUUUUUUUUCAAUUUUUUUUUUAAUUACGCAAAUAAGUAUGUUUGGCUUCAUGUGGAAAAUCUUUCUUUGCCUUCCGGGAAUGAUUAACACAGAUCCUCAAAUAGUUGCAGCUGCAGGAGGAGGACAGGCUAAAGAUGUUUCACCAGCCCCUCAGCUCAGUGACUGGCAGCUGGCAAACCCUUCUCUGCCUCCUGGCUUGAAAAAGCCUAAUGGCAUCAUGGACGCUGAGCAGUUCCACAGGCAUUUGCAGUUACGGAGGAAGCGGUCCAUUCUGUUUCCCAGUGGAGUUAAGAUCUGCCCUGAUGAAUCUGUUGAGCAGGCUAUUGCCAACCAUCUGAAGUAUUUCAGGCUCAGAGUGUGCCAGGAAACAGUCUGGGAGGUCUUCAAGACAUUCUGGGACAGACUGCCGGAGCGUGAAGAAUAUAACACCUGGAUGAGCCUGUGUGAGGAGGGCAUGAUGAGCAUCUUUGAAAUGGGCACCAACUUCAGUCAGUCUGAGGAGCACCGGAGCCUGAUCGUGAAGAAACUGGCCUAUACAAAGGAAGCAAUGGGCAGUUCCUGUGCUGAUUGGUCGUGUGGCCAAGAUGAUCCAGGGAAUCACUCAUGCAGUGGAACUCCUACUCCACCUUCAGAUGCUGAUGUUACCACACUGAGAGAUGCAGCUGCCAAUGUUCCUCCCCCUCAUGAAGUCUCCGUCGAGAGUCCUGUGGGCGAUACCAUCCACGAGCAUGACAAUGUAGACACCACUAUCAAUAAUGAGAUAAAGAAGCAGGAUGAAAAGAUAGUCAGACUUGUAACUGAGCAGAUGAUUGAGUUCAACAUUUUGAUUGUGGGUGAACAGUACAGUGAGGAGCUGAAGGACCCAUCUGCUGCUGAGUAUCAACUGCUGUCUGAACGAUUCAUAUCUCAGAUUAAAAGCGUAUUUGAAGGACUACCUGGAUACAAAAAGAUCCAUAUACUGGAUUACAGCCCUUCUGAGGAAGACAGUGGGGUGGAAGUUCACUAUGCUGUCACGUUUGAUGGAAAAGCCAUCAGCAAUGCCACCUGGGACCUGAUUAACCUUCAUUCAAACAAGGUGGAGGACAACUCCUUCAUGGGCAUAGAGGAUAAUCCAACAGUUGUGUACACCAUCAGUGAUUUCCGAGAUUAUAUUGCUGAGAUCCUCCAGAAAAAUGCUCUGCUUGAAAAUGCUUCCCUCUCUUUAGACCCAAACUCUCUUCAGCUUACUAAUGUGAAGGAAAUACUGAACCCCACAUCAGAAGACCCAUCCUGGAUUACUGAGCAUCCAGUUGUGCUGGAGCGCCCAGAGUUUGAUGAAAGCACCUUUUUAGCUGAACGUCCUUCUGCAGAUGAGUCAACUGUCAGCAAUGCCUUGCCCUUUGAUUACACCAAACCAGAUUCCAUCUCAGACAAUGAGCAGGCCAGUGACAAUGAAAUCCAGCCAAGACCAGAGAACAUUGACUAUGGGGCCGGUUUGGUACCUGAAGCUCCACUUUCCUCAGAGGUUGAUGUCACUUCUUUGCCUGAUGGGCAGAAUUUAGAGGCUACUCAUUUAGUCACUGUACCAGUGUUAGAGCAUGAUUCUGUGGACUCUCUGGAAUGGCUUUCAGCCCCCAGUUCUUUAGAUGAUACUGGACUAUCUGAAGAACUUUUGCCUUUAAGUCCUUCUCACCUUGUGCCUGAAGAAUCUCCAUCUACUGAUGACUAUGCAGUUCCUCUGCUUUCUGCACCAACAGUGGCCUCUUCAUCAGUUGUAGAGACUGAUAUUAAAGAGAAGGAAGAAGUAAUCCAAGGUAGUCCUGAGGGCAGUGACAGUGCAGACUCUGUGGAAGAAGUUCCUUUUCCCUUAGAAGUGCCCCCUAUGGAAGAUGAAACUGAUAUAUUUCUUGGAGAUAGAGUUAUAUAUGAUGAUGGGUCUGGUUCAGCUUUUGAUGGUUCAGGAAAAGAAAUGGAAUCAAGUAUCUGGCCUUGGGAAGAAGCAACCCUGGAACCAGUUUUCUACCCUGGUCCUGAUAGCUGGCUUGAAGAUGACAAUGAGUCUUUAUUAAUCAAAACUGAGGAUAUUCCUGAAGGCAUGAUUUUAGACUAUAUUCUUAACUCUGGGAAUAAAUUAGAUUAUGAUCUUUCCAAAGAUGAGAAUGAAGGGAUAGUCAAUAUAAAAGAUUUCCUUGAUGAGUCUGAAAUAUUUGUCUUUCCAGAGACUACAACUCCGCAAGUACCUCUGUUACAGGCAGAAGAGCCAUCGUCUGUGGAACCAUCUACACAGACAGACACACUGGGCAUGUAUGAUUCCUCUUUUGUCAUGCCAGCUGGAGAGGCCGCUGUCUCACCACCACAUACAGAUCUGUCUGUGGAAGAUAGUCUCCAUACAUCUACAGGGACUGUCAGUAUGGAGCAACCUGAGGAGUCCAGUGUAGGCCUGAACAUAAUCCCUGAAGUAGUUGAACACCAAAGCAAAGACAGGGCAGUGGUAGAAGAACUAUUCACAGUGAAGCAGCCGGAUGUAAUGGAAGCUGUUACAAUAGGACACUUGGACAAAAUCUCUUUAGAAACUAUUCUGACUGCAGAUCCUUCUGUGGUAAAGCCUGUUGCUUCCACAGAAGAGCAGCAAGCCCUAGAUCCAUCACUGGCAGACCAAGACACUCAUGGAUCAGCAGUGAAGGAACCAGCUGAUGCUUGGCCUACUGACAGGGCACUAGAAACCUCCUUAGAUCAGACAGUGCAACCAGCAAUGCCAGUGGUUACUCAAGGUUCAGCUGCAGUUCCUUCUGCAAUAGAUCACACCACUGUCCUAGAGGGCUUUGCUGGACAGGAUGGUACAGACCAUGGCACACAUAUUUCCCUGAGCUUCAGCACUGUUAUGGAUUAUCAAACCAUGAGUAUAACAAAAAGCACCGUUGAGCUUCCAUCCCAUCUCCCUCCUGUGGGAUCCACGCCGUCAUUGUCUGUGGCUACCUCAACAAAGCUGGGAGAUGAAACAACAAGAUUCCUGGAUGUUUCAGUAGACCUGGGUCAUGUUAGCACUGCCCAAUUUUCUCCUGAGCAGACUGAGGAGGAAAGGAGAAUGACUGAAAGUCAUAUCGAGCUAACAACUCGUGUCCAGUCCACAGAGAUGGCCAGUGUGGCUUGGGCCACACAUGAAACUCACUACAGCAGUACUGUCCCAUCCCGAGCUCUAGUAGUGUUCUUCAGUCUUCGGGUUACCAACAUGAUGUUUUCAGAGGACCUGUUUAAUAAAAACUCUCCUGAAUACAAAGCCUUGGAGCAGCGGUUCUUGGAACUGCUGGUGCCCUACCUUCAGUCAAAUCUGACAGGAUUUCAGAAUCUGGAAAUCCUGAACUUCAGAAAUGGCAGCAUUGUGGUGAACAGUCGAAUGAAAUUUGCCAAACCUGUGCCUCGGAAUGUCACCAACGCUGUGUACAUGAUCCUGGAAGAUUUCUGCAACACUGCGUAUCACACCAUGAACCUGGCCAUCGAUAAAUAUUCCCUGGAUGUUGAAUCAGGUGAGCAAGCAGAUCCCUGCAAGUUCCAGGCCUGCAAUGAGUUCUCUGAAUGCUUAGUAAAUCGCUGGAGUGGGGAAGCUGAGUGUGUCUGCAAUCCUGGCUACCUCAGCAUCGAUGGGCUGCCAUGCAACAGCAUUUGUGAUCUGCAGCCAAACUUCUGCCUGAACGACGGCAAGUGUGACAUAAGCCCUGGGCAAGGGGCCAUCUGUAGGUGUCGUGUGGGAGAGAACUGGUGGUACAGAGGGGAGCACUGUGAGGAAUACGUGUCUGAGCCACUGGUUGUGGGUAUUGCAAUUGCUUCUGUGGCAGGAUUCCUUCUUGUGGCAUCUGCUGUCAUCUUCUUCUUGGCCAGGACCCUUCGAGAUCAGUACACAAAGAGUGAUACUGGGGACUCCCAGGGGCAGGGUGACAGCCUCUCGUCCAUUGAGAAUGCAGUUAAAUACAACCCCAUGUAUGAAAGUGACACGACUGGCUACAGCCAUUAUUACCGGAGAUAUCCACAGCUAACGUCCUACAGUUCCACCAGUGCAGAGACAUCCACAGACUACAGCAGUGAAGAGAUCAGGCACAUUUAUGAAAACAGUGAGCUUACUAAGGAGGAAAUUCAGGACAGAAUUCGAAUUAUAGAGCUCUAUGCUAAAGAUCGCCAAUUUGCAGAGUUUGUUAGGCAGCAUCAAAUGAAGCUGCUUUAAGAAAAAAAGAAAUUGAUAGAAUACAUGUGGGAGAUAAAACGCUACCUUGGUGCCCCAGCAACGGGCUCAAAUGUAACUGCAAAGUUACUUAUAGUCUUAACAUUGCAUGGAUGGAUACAGAUGUUUUCUACAUGAAUGGCUAAAAUGUACAGAUGUCUGUUUAUCUCAAUUUCUUCUGGCUUUUCCGUGUAAACUGACACUUUGAAGAGGUAAUCAGAAACAGCAGAGGUUAUGAAAGUUCAUUUUUCUUUAACUUCAAAAUGGACAUUGAAAGCUUUUUGUAUACAAAGCCAAAAAAAAAAAUCUCCUUGGAUAAGACAAGAUACAUGCACAACCAAAAUAAAAUGCAUGUUGAAAAUCCCUGCCUGGCAUUUUAUCCCCUCACUGGAGCUUCCAGUGGAAAUUCUAUGGGUAUAAAACACUAGCAGAAGGAAAUAUUUGAUUUGCAAAGGAAUGAGUUGUAGGGGAGAACUAUUGUGCUAGAGUUAUGUUAGCAUUAUUUUAAAGCAUUCACAAAAUUUUAAAGCAGACAUAAACAAAACCUUGCUGGAAAAGCUUUUCUUCUGUACAGAUGCCUGAUGUACAUUUUGCUACCUGGCAUUAGCAAAGCAGAGGAUAGCACCGAGCCUGCAGCCCCCUGAGGGCUCUUCCUGGAAUACAGGGAGCCUUGGCCAGGCAGGACAGUGCUUCUGCAGCACACUACAGUGUCUUUAAAGCCAGGAUGGGUGGUUCUCCAGCUCAUUCUGGCAGACACACAAGCUGGGGCACAGAAGGGCUUCUAUCGUCCAAAUGUUCUGUGAAGCUUAAGUGACUAACAUUGGUUUUUACUUUUUUUUGUAUGUAGGCAUUUUGUUUCAUAUUUUGUAAGUUAAUUGCAUUACUUAUUUGCUGUGUGUUUCCUUCCCAGCUUGUUUUCAUAAUGGAUUUAGUUGUUGAAAUACAAAGUUGACUAGUUUUAUUAAUGAAAUACUCUGCUGGCAUUUGUGCCCAUUCUUUUAUAUCUGUGUUAUAUUUAGUGUUUAUUCAGUGUUGAAUUCAGCCAACUAAUAUUUGAAAUUACUGAACUGGGCAGUAGCCUGCCAUGAGCUCCCUUUCAAAAUCAGGUACUUAAAUCCAUGCACAUUUGGUAGAUGUCAGCACUUUCCUGUGGGGAAGGGAAAAACUGAAAUCAUUCUCAGUUUAUUGGAAAUCAGCAUAGAAUCCCUCAAACAGAAAAGAAGCCUGAAGCAUUUUGAAAUAGCUGAUUUGAGAGGGGGACUUCCAAGUAAAGAAAGGGGAUUUGAUCUUCAAGUUAUGAAGAGAGUUCUGACUCUAUGUUAAGCUGUGUUGGGGCUCUGUUCAGUCACCCAAGGUCUCUUGUUCAAGUCAUUAACACAGCUGUCAGGGUUAGGGCAUCAAUUACAAUCACAUUAGCUUGUGCUAGCAAAAAAGGCCAAGUGAUUUAUUUCUACAACAUCUGUAGUUCUCGGCCCCCAUGUGCCAACUGCCACCUGAUAGUUUCUAGAGUUAAGUGACAGUGAGAAUUACUUGGUUGUCUGUAGACAGCUUAGCUAAACAACAGAAUAUUUCAAUGCAAUUUUUCUGUGUGUCCUGGAGAACCUCACUGGAUCACUUGUGUAGUACCUUCUUGCCUUGAGUGGCAGGGGAUGGGUAUCAGAGCCACACAUAUUUCAAAUAAAUGCUUAUAUAAACCACUGAAAGCCAAAUAAUGCCAGACAGCAGGAAAUAUUAUGGUGCUGCUGAACAUUGUGACCAGAUGUUAUGAGACAGGCAGGCCCAUGGGCUGUCAGAGCAGCUGGGCCAGAGUCUCAGGCACAGCCCACUCCUCGUGGUCCUGCAGCAGCACGGCUGAGCCAUCCCAAAACACCAGGGCCUGUGAUCAGAGCAGAGAAUUUCUGGGCUCCAGGGUGGGCAGCAGCUUGGAACUUGUUUCUGUGCAGCUCAGCUGCCAGCCCUGGGAGAUUUGGUGCUGCUCCUGUUGGGUGCAGCAGUGGAUGGCAGCUGGGAUCACGGAGGUUUUCAAGGAAUUCUGCUGUGCACAGGCUGAGAUGAGGCUUGGUUAUACUGAGUGUGAGGUGUUUCAGUGCAUAUACAGUGAUCUUUUCUUUGUGUGUAUGUAUACAUAUGAACAUGAUGAUAUGUUUUCACUACAAUAAAAACUUAUUUCCAAAA